AUGAAGUUGGUAGAAAUUCAAUUAGGAAUUGUUGCCGCGUGGAUACACGACGUCAGUUACUUGUUAUUCUUACGCGAAAAUAGUUUCAACAGAAAUAUUAACUCGUGCUUAUUAUCGGACGAGGCAUUAGCCGAAUUUGAUAACACGACGUGUACCAUAAUGAUGCGUUACGAUCCGAAUCACGUAGAAAAUAUUAUCUGCUGCAAAAAUGUAAUUAACGAAGGCCAAGUCUAUCGAGUACUGUUACCGAGUACAAAAGCGAAAGUCACAUCCGGAAAUACUCGUACUACUGGACCAAAUAUGGUACAACUUGUUCGAAAAUAUAUUGCAUUGUGUCCCACCAGUAUUGACCAUGGUCUGUUUUUCGUCUCAUUCCAUAGUAAAAAAUGCACCAAACAGUUGGUUAGGAUUCAUAUGUCUGUAAAUAUGCCGAAGACUAUGAUAAUCCAAAAAAUUUUGAUCGCAGGAUUUGGUUCCAACAGGAUGGGGCACCAGCACAUUGUGGCGUUAAUGUACGGGUUUUUUUGGAUAAUUAAUUUGAUAGAAGGUGGAUUGGAAGGCGUGGACCAAUAUAAUGGCCACCUAGAUUUAAUGUCAAUACGGGAGAUUAUCUAUAAAAUAGUUGUUUCUAAAGAAUACAUUACUAUUAAGUUGCUGCACGAUCAUGUAAUGGAAGACAUUCCCGAUAUUAACGUUGGUCCUAAAUCGUUAACCAACGAAGAUAUUCCUCAAAAAAGUUGGACAAAGACAAAAAUCAUAGCAUAUUUAAAUAAAAAUGGGAUUGAUUAUCCAUCCAAGGCCAUAAAAGACCAAAUGGAAUAUUGGCUAACAAACAAUGGGCGUUGGGUAUUGAGGCUGCCACUUUACUACUGUCAUUUCAACGCUCUUGAAGUGGCAUGGUCGGAAGUUAAAAGAAAUUAUGAUAGGUUCAUUCCAAGAACCAGCUCUUCCCCUAAUGAUGUUUGUGCAACUUGGCAAAAUGUGACUGAUCAAGUUCCGGCUGUGCAUUGGAACAAUUACAAAAAAAUGCAAGGCAGUCAUACAUGUUCUGUACACGAAUGUGCUGCGAGAUUGAAACCCAUCUUUAGGUUUCCACACCCAAAUCGGGGCCUUGAUCGGUUUCUCGCGUGGGUUAAAGCCGCGAAUAACCCAAAAUUCGUGGUUUUGACCCACGACCAAAUUCACCGAAGGGGGUACAUUUGUUUCCAGCAUUUUCAACCCGAGGAUUAUGUACCAGGAACACAAAGGCUGCGUCGAUCUGCAGUACCAACCAUUUUGCCUCCUCGAGAUGAUAACGAACUGCGUUCAUCACUCGAAGCAGAUCAGAUCGACGUGUCCAAUGUAGGGCCACAAACCAUUGAUCUCACUUUCCUCACUCCAGAAAAAGAAUGCCCGUACUUUCAUGCAAUAGCAAAUUUAACUCCACGUACGAGACGAACUCCAAGUUCUCAAAGUUUAGCUACUAAACUGGAGACUCUCGGGGGUAGAAGUGCAUGGAGUACUGGCGUUCCAGUGCGACAACUGAAUUUUGGAGCAGAAGAGGAUGGGAUCAAUGAGCUCCCUGGUGCUGGGCCUUCGGGGUUACAAAAUAUUCCAAAAAUAGAUUUUGCUGGAAACUUUGUACCUGCCAGGCAGUCGGUGGAUACUUCCAAGUCCAUGACCAAGACUCCACGAAAAAUAUUAGAUCGGCUGGGGAUCAAAGGGACCACCGUCAAUUUUAGCAGCAAUGAAACCCUGCUGUACGUGGAGGCGAAACGCCUGCAAAGGCAAGUGGGGAGACUGCAGAGGCAGGCACAAAAGCGCAAAAGCGCACUUCAUUCUGUUAAACAACUUCUGCGAGAUCGACAACUGGUUCAUCUCGUGGAAGGGUUGUCUCCCCUACAGCAGAGAUUUUUUAACAGCCAGAUUAGAAAUGUAAAUCGUAAACCGAAAGGCAGAAGUUUUACGUUUGAGGAGAAGGUAGAUGCCAUUGCCAUUUGGAAACAUGGCCCAAAAACGUAUAAACUUCUGUCAAGAAUGUUUACGCUGCCGUCUAUUGACACUCUGAGGGCAACCCUAAAUAAAGUUCCAAUAGAACCGGGUAUCAACAAACCCAUUUUCGAAGUUCUCAGAAAGCAAGUAUGUCGCAGAAUGGACAGUAAGUACAAUUUAUGUACUCUCAUCUUUGAUGAAAUGUCCAUUCAGCCUCACCUCGACUACUUGCCUUGUGAGGACAGAGUUGUGGGUUUUGAAGAUGACGGUACAACAAGGUCGGAAAAAAUUGCAGACCAUGUUUGCGUAUUUAUGCUAAGAGGAAUUUUCAAAAGGUGGAAGCAGCCUGUUGCUUUUGCUUUUUGCAAAAACUCUAUGUCUGCUGCAAACAUUGUCCGUUUUUAUAAAGAGAUUGUGAAAGAAGCAACAGCGGUCGGCUUAAACAUCAUUGCUUCAGUUUGUGAUCAAGGUACUACAAACAGUGCCGCAAUCAAUAUGCUUUUACAAGAAACCAAACGACGUGCUAUUUUGGGAAAUGAAGAGGAAGUUGAAGAGAAUGUGAUAAGAAUUGGUGAUCACGAAGUUAUCCCUCUCUUUGAUCCUCCUCAUCUUCUAAAAAGUAUGCGAAACAAUCUUCUCACCAAAGAUCUGCUUUAUGUAGAAAAAUCAGGUGUAGAGAGAAGAGCUUCUUGGAGUUUUUUUGAAAAGGCAUAUGAUUUGGAUCAUACGGAGGGUGACACCCUGAGAGUGAUGACAAAGAUCACCAUAGACCAUGUGAAGCCUAACUUAAGAGGCAAAAAAAUGAAAGUUCGUUAUGCUUCACAGGUCUUUAGCUCAACUGUUGCUAAGUUCAUAUAUCUCUGUUCCACCGGGGCAUUAGGGGGAAGCAUACCACCUGAUGCUCGAUACACUUGCAAUUUGUUUUUGUUCAUGGAUUCUGUCUUUGACAGCGUUAAUGGAGGAUUUGGAGACUGUGGUGGUAAGAAAUUACGUCAAAUGGUAGGAGAUGACACUCUUCAUCAUAGUUUUUGGCUGGAAGGGAAACGCAUGUUCAGCAAUAUGAGAUUUGAACCACGUAAAUCUGGAGAUCGAGCAAAACCUCCAGUUUUGCAAGGGUGGUAUCGUACUUUAAAUGGUUUUAUGCUUAUCAAGGAAACUCUAAAGAAACUUGGUUAUAACUCUUUCCCAGCAAGAGCUUUUAAUCAAGAUCCUUUAGAAAAUUUUUUUGGUCAAUUAAGACAAUAUGGAGUACGAUAUACAAAUCCGUCUUGCAAAGCAUUCGUACCAUUUUAUAAAUCACUAAUGAUGAAGAAUUUUUGCUCCUAUCAUUCUCGUGGAUCUAAUUGUGAGCAAGAUGACGAGUCAUUUGUGGUCUCAAUUAGAGAGUUUCUUAGUCUUGAUAUAAAUCGUAAGUGUAUCGAAGAUCAGUGGAAGCCGCCACCAGUUCCUGAUACUGUGUCUGAGGAUAAUUUUUAUGACCAAAAUGUUAUAGGUUAUAUUGGCGGAUUUCUAGUUAAACACAUGCCAAAACCACUUGACUGUGAAAUCUGUCGAUUUAACUUGAUACAUGAUGGCGUCCCAAACAUUCAAUAUCAUGGUCUGGUGGUGCAGAAGGAGUAUGAUGGUGAAAAAAGACGGUUGCAAUACGCGAAUGUCGAGAUGAUUAAAACUCUAAUUAAGAUUUAUAAUCAUCUCGUCAUUUUGGUUCCGUCUGCAAUUUAUCAUCCUUCUCUUUCUCAAAGGUUAAUAAGCCACCUGCGAAUUACAGUUGAUUUUGAUUUUCGGGAGUGCUUACAUACCGAAGAACUGAAAGCUCAACUUUUUCAUCUAUUUAUAAGAGUGUAUAUCUUUAGAUACAUGAAAAAACUCAGCAAUUUCGUAUUUGGUAAGGAAGAGCCUAACAAAUCAACUUCACUGGAAAGACAAAUGCAACAAUUAUAUUUACGUUUUAAAAAAAGAAAGAGAACGUUUGUAUAAUUUUGCAUUUCGCAGGCUAUACAUCAGCUUAGUUUUGUUCAUAUCGGAAGAAAGUAGUGUGCUGGGUUUAAUUGUGAUAUUUCUGACGGUAUGAAUGAAAAGUGCAAAGGCAGUUUGCAUUUCUACUGGUUGUUUGUAUUUUAAAAAUGUCUUGUCCAUAUUCUGUUUCUUUUCUUAUUUUAAUAUAUUGUAACUAAUGUAAGUUAUUAGAGAACACUUUAUUCACACUGUCAUUUUUAGCAAAUUGUUGUUAUAUUGCAGUAUUUUCAUUUA